UCCGCGGUCUCAGGCGGCUCCGCAAUCAUGGUGGAGGUGGUGGAGUUGCCGAAGACCCGUAUUAACGCCAGCAUGCUAUCUCAGUUCAUCGACCGGCCCGUCUGCUUCGUGGGGAGACUGGAAAAGAUUCAUCCCAGUGGAAAAAUGUUUAUUCUUUCAGAUGGAGAAGGCAAAAGUGGAACCAUUGAGUUGCCGGAACCCCUUGAUGAAGAAAUCUCUGGAAUCGUGGAAGUAGUUGGAAGAGUAACAGCCAAGGCAACCAUUAUGUGUGCAUCUUAUGUCCAGUUUAAAGAAGAUGUCCAUCCUUUUGAUCUUGGACUUUACAAUGAUGCUGUGAAAAUUAUCCAUGAGUUCCCCCAGCUUUUUCCUUGGGGAGUUGUGCAACAUGAUUGAUCUUGAUUGCAAAUAAGCUACAUUGAAGAGUAUUAAGGCCCCUGGUAUUUGAGGGAGCGAUUCUGUUAUUUUUUAAUAUUUAAUUUUUUCCCUUUUUAAUUUCAUUUGCCUAACUUUAUUAGAUAUUCUAAUAUGCCGUUUUUGAUGGAACUGGUAUAGUGACAGUUCUCAUCUAUAUGUCCAUAUAGCAUCACUUCUCUGGCAUAUGGUCAGAUAAAUGAAAGAACAAAGCUGUUGUCUUAGUUUUCUGUUUUACUAAUAAAAGUUUAAAUGCUA